AUGCAAAAUGUGUAAAAUAUGAUAUUUCCACAAUUAAAUAUUGCUAUUGGUAUCUACUCUGAUGAAACAAAUUAGAGACCAAAUGAUUAUAGAUUAAAGAAUUGGAUUUAACUAGAGAAUUUAAUGUAAAAAGAAUCAAAUGAUGUGGAUUAAGUAUGGAUAGGAAUAAUGAUGAGUAAUAAGAUAAGAUAACAGUUAUAUGUUAAUGAAUGAAAUCUUUUUUAGAAGGUAACAGCUUUGUUAUAAGAAAAUAGAUCCUAUCAAAUUACUAAAUGAAUAAUAGUAUUAAAAAUUAUGGCAAAUGCACAAU